AUGUCUUCAUCUGCAGUCCAACCGCCAAUUACUCCUCUCCCCGAAGUCACCCGCCUCAGCCCAACUGUCAUCCGCAUCCUCGGCGGCAACCCCGGCAAAUUCACCCUCCAGGGAACUAACACCUAUCUAGUCGGCACCGGCCCCCAGCGUCUCCUUGUCGACUCAGGCGCCGGCGAGCGCUCCUGGAUCUCCGCCCUACAACGGACCCUCACCGAGGAGAAAGCUCACAUAUCAGCCGCCAUCAUCACUCACUGGCACCACGACCACACCGGCGGGAUCCGGCACCUGCUCGACUGGAACAGCAAGAUCAACGUCUACAAGAACCAACCCACCUACCUACCAGGCUACCACGGCAGCCCAGUCUCGCUCGAGCAAAUUGGCACCCCACUUCUCCCCAUCGAAGACGGACAAGAGUUCAGCGUGGAGGGCGCCACGCUUAAAGCGGUGCACACCCCAGGCCACACGGUCGACCACAUGGUUCUCCACUUGGCCGAGGAGGACGCGCUCUUCACGGGGGACAAUGUGCUAGGCCACGGGACGGCCGUGUACGAGGAUCUGGGAGUGUACCUGAACAGUCUGGAGCAAAUGCGAGGGCUGUUUAAAGGGAAGGGGUAUCCGGGCCACGGACCGGUGGUGGAGGACGGGCCAGGCAAGAUUGGAGAAUAUAUUAGGCAUCGGCAGCAGAGGGAGGACCAAGUCAUUGCAACGUUAAAGAGGGACAGUGAAGAUGGAUGGACGCCGAUGGAAUUGGUUAAGGUUAUCUACCAGGGCGUGCCGGAAACUCUGCAUAUACCGGCCGCUGGAGGGGUGACGCAGAUCCUUUAUAAAUUGAGGAAAGAGGGGAAGGUGACGACGGCAGAUGGUGGUGAUCGAUGGCGGCUGACUGAUCGAUCGGCCCUGUGA